GCCAACGCCAUAUUGUUUACAUUUUAACUUUGGUUUGUAAAAGUAUUUCUAAGGUAAUAUUUUUUAUUUAAACAUCAAAAAUGCAUGAAGACGGGAUUAUGGAUAUUCCAAUGAUGGAUGGUGAUCUUAAACCUGUUCUGGAACUGAUCAAACCUAUAUGUCGUUGCUGUUUAUCUACAAAUCGAAAUGUUAAAGAUGCAUCUCUUUACCGAUCGGAAUUAAUGGAAAUAGCUGGAUUGGACGUGACAGUAUCAGAUGGUCUCCCACACUGGCUGUGCUACGAGUGCUGCGCCUUACUACACAAAGCUGUCAGGUUCAAACGCAAGAUCAUUAGAGCACACAGUCUCUUAUACGAGUACCUGACACGAUGUGCCCCUUUUCCGAUAGACGCACAAGACCCAGAGCUGAGCAAGUAUGCGAGCCCCAAAUUGUGCGCCACCUCUACCCUCACCGUGGACACCAGCGGACGCGGCAAAAUGGGUUUCCACAAAACACUGCAGCACGAGAAAACCAAGCUGAAAUCUGAACUGGAGUCUCUGGGCUUGCCGUCGGAAGAGCCGCGGGCGCCGAGCGACGGCGUCAAGUCGGAGAACGAAUUCUCGGACUUCGAGGACAACAUCGCUUUAAACGAAUUCAGAUCCUCAGUAAACCAUAUAACAGACGAAGAUAUUAAAAGCUUCUUUCAAGACACUGAUCUCGUGGAGAAGAAGGAAGACAAACCGGUGAGGAAGAAGAAGAAACUGAAGAAAGCGGUGAAGAUGAAGAAGAGAAAGUCUAGUGAUAUUAAGAGUGCAGACGAGGAAACCCAACCAAAGAAUUCAAUAAGGAAAGCCGUAGAAAUCGACCCGGAGAAGAUACGGAUUGUCACUUUAAACCCCGAGGAACAGGUCAAGCAGAGAGAGGAGGAGAGCAAAGCUGGCCUGCGUUUCCCGUUUCAAUGCCAGCUGUGCUAUAAAGGAUUCAAUUUCGAAGCGAAACUAGAAAACCACAUGAGCAAACACAGACCGUCGCGCGGCCCAUUCGAAUGUAAACUCUGCCACAUGUAUCUGCCAACAAGCUACAGUUACAGUGUGCACUCGCUCAUACACACGCGCCGGUAUGAGUGUGUGCAGUGCGGCCGGAGGAUGAUCGACAGGACCUCCAUACUGGACCAUUACAAAUCACAGCACGAGGGACAGUUAAAAUUGUACACAUGUAAUGUCUGCGGUAAAGUGUCCAACAACAGCAAAACGCACAGAGGCCACAUGAGGAACCAUCACUCCGGAGACAGACCAAAGUGUGACCAGUGCGGGAAGACUUUUGUCAAUAAAGAUUCCCUUGCGGAACACCAGCAGAUACAUCAAGGCAUAAAGAACUACGAGUGUUCAGAGUGCGGCGCGCGGUUCCGUACACGAACGCAGAUCAAACACCAUCAAUUGAAACAUUCUUCGGCGAAAGACUACUAUUGCGUGGAAUGUGACGUCAGAUUCAAAUCUCCGCACAACCUGAGACAGCACCUGUCUAAGAGCUUGAAACAUAAGGAUAAACAUGCUUUCAAAUUCGAAUGCCCCCGCUGCGACAAACGCUUCGACAGCGAACGCGCGAUGAACCAUCACAAUCUGGUGCAGCACGACGGGGUGCGGCCUCAUCGGUGCGCCAUAUGCCCCGCCGCGUUGGCCACUAGAAGCUCAUUGGCUAAACACACCCUGGCAGUGCACGCGGGCAGGCGACCACCUCCGCGCCACGUGUGUGACACGUGCGGCAAAGCUUUUCGGGGUAAAAGCGUGUUGACGAAUCACGUGCGCACGCACACGGGCGAGAAGCCGUACGCGUGCGCGCACUGCGGCCGCAAGUUCUCGCAGCGCACGGCCAUGCGCACGCACGUCAACCUCGUGCAUCUGAAGCUGCCCAGGCAGGCCAAGAUGAAAGAAGUGACGGCCGAGGCGCGCGAUCCCAAGCUCGACGUUUACGUCAAGGAGGAUCAGCCGCUGGUGUUCGACUCCUGGAGCAGGCCUCAGCUGCCGUGCGACGUCUACUUCACUGUGACAGCUGGUCCUUAGAAUCCCAUAAUGUCCAAGUCGAUUCCCUAUUCUUAUGCAUACAAUUUUAUGUCAUAAUUUAACAUGUCACACUUUUACUGUGACAUAAUGAUUUUUAAGCAUAACGUUCUUACGCAUAACAAUUUGAACCAUAACUAAUCUAACCCAACUUAAAAGUUAAUUACGCCACAUUUACCCGUAUGCCAAAAAUCAAUUAUGCCUUAGACCUAUUAUGUCAAAAUCGUUAUGCCAAAGAACAAUAGGACAAAAUAGUUUAUGCUAUUAAAAGUGGUAUCGUCGGAGUCACGCCGGGGGUUUUCAGAGCGUUUCGUCCGCUGCGGCCGCGCUGUGAUUACAACUUUUAACAAAGACAUGAAUUAGUUUUACUAUCAGUCUUUGAAAUAAUGAAUCUGUGCUGUGGUAAUGUCAAUUUUAUGAAUGAUUGAUUUUGGAAAUGAUUCCUUCGUUAAGAAAAUUGACGGAUUGUAAUGACCGCGCGGCCGCAGCGGUCGAAACGCACUGAGAACCAUAUAAGAGAGGCCCGAUUCUCAAAAAUAAUUAAUAAUAUGAUAAAUAUUUUUGGUAAUUUUGUAAAUUUUCUUAAAUUUUGCUAUUUAACACUUUUGUCCAUACUGUUAAUAAAAUUCAAAUCUAUUUUAUUAUUAAAAUAAAUAGAUAUGCUUUCGUGAACGCAAACGAUGCGUGUGCGCAGGUUUAAUAUAGUUGCAGAAGAUCACAAUUGAAAUUGUUUGUUCCAAUCUCGUACAGUCAACACCACAUGAACCUACCCAAAUUAAUUGCAAACUCGCCUCUAUUACCACGCCUUAGAGGUUCAUGCACGGUAACUUGAUGUGCUGCAUGAUUUAAAAUUUAAGAAAAUAACGUCGAUUGAUGCGAAUAUACAUACAUACAUUUUAACCGAGAUAGGUUCGAUCACUUCCGUUAUAAUGUAUGAAAUAUUCGCUUUUUUAUGUACACUGGAGUAAUGCUAAAACAGACGAAAUACCAACAAAAUAACGUUCGUUGAAAACUGAGCUCUAAAGCGUUCUCUGUGGGCAUACUUUGCAUUGUCUAGAUGUGAGCAUUCCGCUAAAUUGUUGUCAAUGU